AUGAAGUCCAAGAUGCUGAGGAUGCUCCUGGCGGCGGGCCGGGGCCUCUGCGGCGGCGUGCUGGGGCAGAGGCCCGGCCUGCGGCGCUUCCAGCAGGGCCACCUGAGGGUCGGGGACCGGGCCGAGCUCCGCAGGGCCUUCACGCCGCAGGACGUGGCCGCCUUCGCCGCCCUAACGGGCGACACCAACCCUUUGCACCUACGUGAAGACUUUGCGCAGCGCAGUAGGUUUGGAAAGCCGAUCGUCCACGGCGUUCUGAUCACUGGGCUCAUCUCCACCCUCCUGGGGACCACGAUGCCGGGUCCCGGCUGUGUGUUCCUGUCCCAGGAAAUUAGCUUUCCGGCCCCUCUGUACAUUGGGGAAGAGGUUCUGGCUUCUGCGGAAGUGAAAAGGCUGAAGCAGUUUGUGGCUUCCAUUGCAGUGUCGUGUACUGUUGUAGAAAGUAAGAAGAUCGUGAUGGAGGGCAGGGUAAAAGUGACGGUCCCAGGGGCGCCAUCCCAGCACGCGGGUGAAAGUGACGGUCCCAGGUGCCCCGGAUCCCAGCACGGGUAGAAGAGCAUCUGGGACCCGGGCCGCUGUACCCCCCACCUCCCCGGGACCCCCGGCACUCAGACCUGUGGCAGAGGAGACCCAGCAGCCAAUAUAUGCUUUAUCCACACUUGAGUUAAUGUUCUCCAUUUCAUCAUCUGUCAAGGCUUUUAAAUUAAAAAUGGUUGAGAAAGUUA